ACGAGGCACGAUCAACCCCCGGAAGUGACAGUAGAAACACGACUGGCCCUAGCAUGCACCAGCACGCCCGCUAUUAGACCGACAGAGGAAACACGAUCAGAUCAUCCCACACAAAUCCAUCACUGAAGCUCCUCCCACAUCAGUCACAUCAUCAGUGAAGCUCCUCCCACAGCAAUAAAUGCUGGAAUAUCUCCUUCAGUUUCCAAGUGAAGACAAGCAUCAAAUCAUCAGGAAGAGCUGAAAUCUGUAAAGACUGAGUUUAUUAAAGAGGACAGAGAGAAGAUGAGAGAUCCAGAACCCUGCAGAAUCAAACACACUGAAGAUACUCAAGAACUAACAGAGCUGAUCGAGGAGAACGAGGAGAAUGGAGAACUGAGUAAAGUGGAGGAGAAACGCCAUGAUAAACCUGGAGAAAAACCUGUGAGUCACUCAAAGACUAAAAAUAAUUUUUUAAAGACAAGAGGAGUCAAGAAAUCUUUCAUCUGCACUCAGUGUGGAAAGAGUUUCACACAAAAACAAAAUCUUGAUGGUCACAUGAGAGUUCAUACUGGAGAGAAACUGUUUACAUGUGAUCAAUGUGGGAAGAGUUACCCACGAUCAUCAAAACUUAAGAGACACAUGAGUAUCCACACUGGGGAGAAACCAUACUCUUGUGAUCAGCGCGGAAAGACAUUCGUAUACAAAGAAAUUCUUAAGAGUCACAUGAUAGUUCAUACUACAGAAAAGCUGUUUACAUGUGAUCAAUGUGGGAAGAGUUUCAAACAAUCAAGACAUCUUAAGAGACACGCGAAGAGCCAUACUGGGGAGAAACCAUACUUUUGUGAUCAGUGUGGGAACAGUUUCAGUGGAUCAGGAAGCCUUAAAGUACACAUGAGAAUCCACACGAGAGAAAGACCAUUCAAAUGUGAUCAAUGUGGGAAGAGUUUCACACAAUCAUCAAACCUUAAGAAACACACGAUGAGCCACACUGGGGAGAAACCAUACUCUUGUGAUCAAUGUGGGAACAGUUUCAGUGGAUCAGAAAACCUUAAAGUACACAUGAGAAUCCACACGAGAGAAAGACCAUUCAAAUGUGACCAAUGUGGGAAGAGUUUCACUCGAUCAUCACACCAUAGUAGACACAUGAGGAUCCACACUGGAGAGAAACCAUUUAUGUGUGAUCAAUGUGACAAAACAUUUCAUAGGGCAUCAGGCCUGAAGAGGCACAUCCUGGUUCAUACAAAGGAGAAGCCACAUUUGUGUUCUGAAUGUGGAAAGAGAUUUAAACAUAAGCAAAUGUUACAGGUACAUCAGAAAAUACAUACUGGUGUGAGAGAGUACAUGUGUUUUGAGUGUGAAAAGAUGUUUAUGUCAGCAACCGGUUUAAAACUGCAUGAGAUGAUUCACACUGGAGAAAAACCCUACACAUGUAAUCAGUGCAGAAAGAGUUUCAGACAAAAGUCAUCUCUUAAGUCUCACAUGAGAGAUCACAUCAUAGAGGAGCUGCCCACGUGUGAAUAGUUUACCUAAAUUGAAAAUGAAAUUCUGUCAUUAAUUACUAACCUUCUUGUCCAAACCCAUGAGAUCCUCAUUCAUCUUCACAUGAAUGAGGAUCCAUGUUACAUCAGUGGUACAAUUGUAAUUUUACAAAGCUAUGAGAAAGAAAUGUUUUGUGUGUGUGCAAAGAAAACUAAAAUGUGGACAAAGGAUUUAUGGAUUGGGAAUGGCAUGAGGGUUAAUAAUGACAGAAUUUUAAUUUUUGGGUGAACUAACCUUUUAAGGGUUAGGAAACAUUAUAUGGUGCACCUUCUGGAGCACUCAGGUUGUUCUGGGAAUUUUUAGGUGACUGUUACUUUAGGAUUUUCCCUCUAGGUCAGCAUUGCCAUAACGUUUAAAGGACAUAGAGUAUUAUUUCUUUGCUAGUCUUUAUGUCCUCCCAUCAUGUUUACUGAAUGUGCUAAAGAACCUUUAGUAACAUUACAGAGAACUGCAGCACUUAUUUUACGAUGGCACUUGGUCUGCAGAACCAUAAUCAAGCAUAAGCACUGUCAUGCUUAACUAGGUGUAGAUGUAAUGAUGCACCUCGAGCCAUUUGAAAAUUGAUUCAAAUAUUUAAUGAUUCUAAUUGGUUGAGAUGCUAAAUAAAUUGUGAAACAUCUGAGGGUAGGAGUUUAUAUGAAUGUAUCUCUGAGGGGAACUGACUGUCUUUAGAAAGGUUUAGAUUGCAUUUUCUUUUAAUCUUGUCUAUAAAUGACGCAUAUUUGAAGUAGUGUUCAUAAGUGCAGCACUACUUUGUUUACAGCGGUACCCCAGGAAAAUCUGUAUUGCUGCUGUUCAUAAGCGCCACCUGCUGACAGAGAGUGAUUUUGCAUCUCAUUCAGCUCAUCUGCUGUUUGUUUCGUGCAGAUAUUUUUUAUGAAUAGUUACACAUAAUGGAAGACCACAGGCAAAGCCUUAGUUUGCUUGUAUGAAGAGACUUAUUUUAUUUGUGUUACUUAUUAGAUUUUUUUCUUUUUAAUUGCUAAUUUAGUUGUUAUUUUAGUUUUACAAAGAAACUUGCAGCAUUUUGUUCAAGCAAUAGCCUAAUAAAAGGACAACUUUUGAUUUACUGUUUAAUUUGUCUCAUAUUUUAAAAGAAAUCUUGAAUUGUCAAAUAAAAAACGGGAAUUGUAUGAUAUCAUGAGCUGAAUAAAUGAUUACGUUACUUUGCUCAACACAUAUACAGUGGGUAUGCGCAUCUGUGUGUCUAUACUGUCCAUAUUCAGGAGGUGCUGAAAGUUGUUCAUCUGCUGCCUGAAAAUAAAAUAAAAAAUACAUA